AUGCCUUUCCACUUACCAGUUCUGUUGAAUCCGCUGCUCAAUGCUGUGUUCAAUUGCCCUACGCCCCACACGUCUUCGCUCAGGAAAGUUUUCUCGCAGAUAGGAGAACGCAAGUUUCUAGUUGUAGCACCAGCUACGGACAUGUUGACUGAAUAUGAAGAUCUCGAAACAGGACAGCUUUUGAGUGAGCUCUGUUACACGCCAGAGUUUGUCUCGGAUCAUAUAGUCAUGCUGGACCUGCGAGAGGGCAUACCAACUGACGAAUUUAGGACACUCAGCGGGAAGUCAGUACUGGUGCGCAACCAGCAGGGGAUUCUGCUCACAGGAGCUGGAUUUGACACUCGCAGGCGAUGUCGAAUUUUGGAAGCAGAACUAAUGACUAACUUCAACGACUAUCUUACAGCAUCAUCCACAUACCCGAUAAUCAAUGUUGAUUUCCCUUUUACUGGAAGGCUUUCCAGAAAAGACGAAUGGCAAGUCUUCAAACAUCCUCAAACUGUCUCUUCUAGUCAAGCAAAAAAAGUAGGCGAGGCAGAUGAUCACAGCUCGCCUGCAAAAGAGACACUGUCACUGGAACAAAUGCUGCGCAUCAACCCAAUUCACGCCAAUCAGCUAGGUGAAAUUUUCGAGGCCCAGCGACACUCACUCGCCAACUCACCAUUCAAUGCCAGUUCCCUAGCCGUCCACUUUUCACAAACAUGUGAAAAAGCUUUGGCGGUCAUACAAAAAGAUCCAAAUUUCCAACAUAUGCCAAACAUCGAACUACAUGUUCACGAGUAUGUGGAAUUGAGCCUUUAUGACGAUUUUUGGGCCCAGCUUACCAAUUCAAUGAGACCAACGGAAAUUGAGAGCAUGGGUGACUACAGCUUGUUGAAACAUAUUGCAUUAUCACAAGUUCCCUCCUUUCUUUAUCCCGCCAACAGCUCCAAGUUUGAUCUUCGCUACGUUACACGAGUUGAAAAGAAUUUGGCAGAAGCUGUUAUUUGCUUCAGGAAACUCGCAUCGACUAAUUGCCAUUCUGCUAAAGCUAAAAUAAUUGUAGAGUGCUUGCAAACUCUAUCAAGAGGCAUAUCUGUAGACGAAAGAGUUAUUCCAAUCGACGCUGAUACAUUAGUAAGUCUCCUAGUCGUUACAGUAUGUCGUGCAGGAGUCAGAGAUCUCAAGAGCCAUUUAUUUUAUUUGCAGGAGUUCGCGAAGAACUCAUCACAAAUUACAUUCGGCAUUUUGGCAUACGGCAUAUCGACUUUGGAAGCGGUUCUUGGCUAUUUCGAAAUUCCUGCGAAGAUCCAAUCUGUACAGGCCAACUGCAGCCUCAAUUUGAACUUUUGGUCAUGGCUUUCAGAUGCCCCUGACUCUGCCGCUGCCCCUGACACACUAGAUGUCAGGAACAUGCUUCGAGUCAGGACCUGCACAGGACAGUCUGCAUUGAGCUUCUGCAUUCAAGAGAAAAGUAUAGAGAGAUUCAAAGAGCUAGCGUACGAGUAUGAAUCACUGUUUCCUUUGGAGGAUCUUUUGAAUGAUGAGGAUAUCGAGGGCUCGAAUUUACUUAUACAAAUGCUUGACUCUGGGUGCCACGACCUCGCUAACAGCUUUGUCGAUUUGCUACGUCUUAGCUGUACAGAACAGGAACUCAGACACUAUUUUAAUCAACCGAACCGUUUCGGUCGAACAUCCGCCCAUUACCUUAUGCAUGCUCCCCACCUUAUAAAAAAAAUGGGAAGCCUACUUGACUGGGAGAAAAAAGAUUGCAAUGGUCAAACUCCCUUGUUUGCAGUCAUCAGAGCUUAUGAUCAACCAAAAUACGACCUCAUGCUUGCGGAGGCAUACAAUGAAGCAACAAAAUGGUGCCGAUCACAAGGAAAACAAUUCAGAUCCUCAGUCCAUACGGACUCAAAGGGCAAUUCCUUGUUGCACGUCGCGAAGUCUAAUGCUUCAGUUCUUCUCAAUGACCCUCUUGUAGACGUUAACGCAACAAAUUACAAAGGCCUAACUCCCCUCAUGGUUUAUGCCAAGUACAAUCGAAUCCUCAAUGUUGAGUCAAUUAUCAAAGAUGGCCGACUCAUUCUCGAAAGGUGUCAGCGGCGGACAUACCUCGACUGUUUUGACUAUUUUAAGAACCCAGCUGUCUUGAAAGAAAUGGGAGGACAAGCUUCGAAAACGGCCUUCUUGCCCCUCAGGUCUGUACAUGCGCGAUGCAUUAAAUCUGAAAACAGCGAAUGGGUUUUGUGGAUGACCAGUCGCAAGAAAUCCUCUGUUAGCGUUAUUAUGAGACCUUUGAGAUUCAUUCAAAACUUCAUGCUAGUUUUUUGGAGGGCAAACCCUAGAACUUUUGUGCCGAUAGAAGAAACAUUAGAAGAACUGCGCGAGCUGUGUAAAAUGACCAUUUUGGUUAUUCAUAGGCUUGAGGUUCACAAGUUUCUGCCUAAGGCUUCAAUUAUUCUCAGUUAUAUCCUCCAAGAUAGCACAUUUGCAGAUGCAUUUUACUCCUCCAACUUGAACAUCCCUCCGCAAGUAUUAGAGGAAGAUGACAAACGAAAAACAAGCGAGCAUUACGGAUUGAUUGAACCAGAAGAUAUGAGGAGUAUUCAGCGGGUCCUUAAGUUUAACAGGGCAGAGAUCAUGAAAUUAAAGACCAAAGCACAUGUCAUGAAGAAGCUUUCAGCUUCUGGACAUUCGAAACAGAAAGACCUCUCGACUUCUUACCAUAUGUUGGCGAAAAGGGUAAAUCUACUCUGCAAUUCACUCGAGGGCGAUGAAGAUAUAUUUCCGGACAUGACACCAUUAAAGCUAAGGCCUGAUUGUAACACAAUUGCGAGUAGCACUAGCUUUUUACAAAAAUGCACAGAGAUGCUCAUUUCAAAUAUCGACAAGCUUUCUAACGUGGAUAUCCCGCAUUGGUGGCGAACAUAUGGUGAAUCGGCCUCUCUCCAUCAUGAAUACCAGAAGAAUUUUCCUGGUACGGCUAGACCCAAUACAACGACAAGUACAGGUUUGUUCGCGUCCUACAUCGAAACGAAGAGAUCGAAGCUGGAGAUAAGCAUUUCGAAUAAAAUCAAGCAGAGCAACGCAAAUCUUCUUACGGUGGGUCGUAAUAUCAAAGAGGAGAACGAAAGGCUUGCAGUUGAAUUCAACAAAUUCAUCAAUUUCAAAAACGAAUUUUGGACUGUUUUGACCAUAGAGGAACAUGCAGAGAUGAACAUCAAAUUACUGCGACAGCAGCUUGUAUGUAUGGAACAAUCGUUCCACAGCUACACCGAUCGAUCAGUUCGAAAAUAA